AAAGUUGUGAAACUGAGAAUGAGAAAAAGGUUUGUAAGUGAAUGUUAACAGUUGUCUCCCUGUCCGUCACUCGUGUUUGGUUAACCACAGGUUUUACAUGGAUUUCUUGUCAGAUUUGAAGGUGAAUCAGUCUGAGUCAUCUGCAAAGCGAAAUGCUAGAGUUGUCAUGUCGAUGACUAUUUGACAUCGUGCUGCACAAAACAAUUACAAAUCAUUUCAAUGCUUUCAUUCGUUCCUAGUGUGCUUCUACCCAAAAAGAAGUUCAUCUACCAUUACAAGAACAUGCGCUGGGCAAGAGGUCGACAUGAAACCUACCUCUGCUUUGUGGUGAAAAGGAGAGUGGGUCCAGAAUCACUGUCCUUUGACUUUGGACAUCUCCGCAAUCGUAAUGGCUGUCAUGUGGAGCUUUUGUUCCUGCGCCACCUGAGUGCUUUGUGUCCUGGUUUAUGGGGAUAUGGAGCAACUGGACAGGGAAGGGUCAGCUAUUCCAUCACCUGGUUUUGCUCUUGGUCCCCUUGUGCCAACUGUUCUUUUAGAAUAGCCCAGUUUCUCAGCCAGACCCCCAAUCUCCGUCUUAGGAUUUUUGUCUCCCGUCUGUAUUUCUGUGACAUGGAGGACAGCCGUGAGAGAGAAGGCUUGCGGAUGCUGAAAAAAGUUGGUGUUCACAUCACAGUCAUGAGUUACAAAGAUUACUUUUAUUGCUGGCAAACCUUUGUGGCUCGGAAACAAAGCAAAUUUAAACCCUGGGAUGGACUGCACCAAAACUCUGUUCGGCUUUCAAGGAAACUCAACCGCAUCUUACAGCCCUUUGAGACAGAAGAUUUCAGAGAUGCAUUCAAGCUUCUUGGACUGUGA